AUGGCUCAGUUCCUACGCGGCAAACAGGCAGGCAUCCAAAAGGACCUCUCCGAGGGUCUGUCGCCUUCGCUCUUUGCCCUAGAUGAGUAUACACGAUAUGGCAUCAACUCCCGCAUAUCCGCUAUUGCAUACGACCCCGUCCAGUCCCUAAUCGCCGUCGGCACCAGCGACACCCAGUUCGGAAGCGGACAAAUCUACGUCUUUGGUCAACGGCGCGUUUCGGUCAUCUUCAAUCUCCCGCGCAAAGCAUCUGCAAAGUUCCUGCACUUUUGCGCUGAUAAGCUCGUCAGCGUUGAUUCCAAGAGCGAGCUUUCUAUUUUCUCAUUGGAGACGAAAAAGACGUUGGUUUCAUAUGCGCCUCCAAGCCACGUGUCUGCGGUGGCGGUUGAUCCUAGUAUUGACUACGUGGUCUUGGGUCUUCAAAAUGGAGAGAUAAUUGCAUACGAUAUGGACCGAGAAGGCCUUACACCAUUCCGAUUACCGAACCUAUGGCUAGAAAAGAAUCCCCGGGUCCGGAUGGCCCCUGUCAUAUCUUUGGCUUUUGCACCGCGAGACAUUGGGAAACUCUUAAUUGGUUAUCCGGAAGGAGCUGUUACAUUUUCUAUAAAACAGAAUAUCCCUCAGAACUUUUACGAAUACCAGGUCCCUGCAGGCGCGCCUGGCGGCGACUCGGAUCCAACUCUCUCUCGCGAUAUACGGAAACCCAUGUUGACCCAAGCUCUGUGGCAUCCCGCAAACACCUUCAUUCUUACAGUACACGAAGAUACGAGUCUAGUCUUUUGGGAUGCGAAAGAUGGUCGCCUGGUCAUGGCACGGACUAUUGAAGAGGCUAAUGUCAACCAGCCUGGCGCUCGCUCAGAAAAACCAAGCUCGCCUCAUGGAACUUUUAGUGUCAAAGACCCAAUAUUCAAGGUUUCCUGGUGUGCCAAGGAGAAUCCGGACAAUACAGGCCUGUUGAUUGCAGGGGGCCACCCGUCGAGCGACAGAGAAAAGGGACUCACAUUUCUGGAUCUGGGUCCUACUCCAAAUUAUCAAACGUCGUCAUGGCAAAUACUCGCCAGCUACUUUGAAAAACCUAAAAGCCGCUUCACUUUGUCAACUCCGCCCGGAGCGGAAGUUGUCGAUUUUUGUCUUAUACCUCGUACAUCUCCCUUUUUUGCUGGUGCCCAGGAUCCGAUCGCUGUUAUUGCUCUGUUAUCCACGGGUGAAAUUGUGACCCUCAGUUUCCCCAAUGGACAUCCGAUUUCUCCAACAAAUAUGCUGCAUAUAUCACUGUCUUUCGUACAUCCUUUUAUUACCAAAGCUAUCCUGACGCCGGUUAGUCGGAACAACUGGCUCGGACUGAAGGAGAAGCGAGCUCAGGGUCCAAAGUUCCUUCUGGGAGGUGCUGAGGGCAAAAAGGCUAUGAAACGAUUUGAAGAUCGCAAUAUUGCCAUUACUGCAAAUUCAGAUGGAGUUGUGCGACUAUGGGAUGCAGGCCAUGAUGACGAGAUUGAGAAUGGGGAGGUCAUUCAGAUCGAUCUGACCCGUGCUAUCGCACGCACCGUCAACACUCAGGUCUCUCAGGUAUCGUUCUCUGGUGCUUCUGGCGAGCUGUCAGUUGGCCUUCGCAGCGGAGAAGUAGUCAUUUUCCGCUGGGGAAAAAAUCAAAAUGCCGGAAACGAAAAAGCGCCAGGCGCGAAUGCAGGACCAGGCAAAAUCACAAACAUAAGCCAUCGCACCGAUCCUAAUUUGACUGUUGGCUUGCUUCCGCUUAGUCUCUUGGAAAUGCAAAACGGGCCUGUGAUGGCUCUCAAACACAGUGAUGUUGGCUUUGUUUGCGCAGGUUUUGAAGAAGGUCACCUUGUAUUCAUCGAUCUUCGUGGGCCAGCCGUCAUCCAUAACGCCAAUAUUCGCGACUUUCUCAAAGACAAUCACAAACGAGGUAGUCUUCGCAGGAGUCGGACAGGAGACAGUGCGCUUGUAGAGUGGCCUACCAGCAUUGAAUUUGGAGUUUUGACCCUGGACGGCGAAGAUUAUUCAAGUAUUUGCUGCUUCGUAGGCACAAGCCGCGGAAACCUUGCUACAUUCAAGAUAUUACCAUCAAACAAUGGCACAUAUUCCGUAUCAUUUGUCGGCUCUACUUCUCUCGACGACUCGGUUAUCGGCAUCUUCCCAAUCAAUGCUGACUCUGGUGAGCCUACAUUAGCCACUCAGAUGGCAGUUGCAGGUCUUCGAAACGGCGCCAAAGUCAACGGAGUAGUCGUUGCAGUGACUCAAUCAGACUGCCGAAUUUUCAGACCGGCAACUCACAAGGGCGCUUCUAAAACCUGGGGCGAUUUCCUUUGUGAUUCUGUAGGGUUCGUGAAGACAGAAGGUCGCGGUCACAGUCUUGUUGGUCUGUUCGGAGAUGGCAAUAUUCGUGCCUAUUCGAUUCCGGGUCUCAAAGAGAUCGGUUGUACACAAAUCAGCAAUAUUUUUGACGUGCGACGAUUUUCGGAAGCAACAAUUUCACCUUCUGGCGACAUUCUUGGUUGGACUGGGCCAUCAGAAGUUGCAAUUGUCCACGUUUGGGGCUCAGGUACUCCUAUUCCUCCUACGGAUGAUAAGCUCUACAAUCCAGAUGCCAUGCUUCCUCCCAGGCCCACGAUAUCUAAUUUCCAGUGGAUAUCUGGCACCCAAUAUGUCUCACCUGCAGACAUGGAUCUAUUGAUCGGUGGACCUGACCGCCCGCCAUCUAAGCGAAUGGUGGAACAAAUGAAAUAUGAAGAACGUGAACGCCGCCAGGCAGAAAGACAAGGACGCAGUGUUCCUCCGUCUGCAAAUAGAAACGACGAAGGCUACUGGGCGUACAUGCAACGCCAGGUCCAGGAAAGAACCGAGCGGCUUGGAAUCGUGGGCGACAGUAUGGAUAGACUGGAAGAGAACAGCAGCAAUUGGGCAAAUGAUGUUAGCAAUUUUGUCUCGAACCAGAAGAAAAAGGCUGUUCUUGGUAUCCUAGGAUCAAAAUUCGGGUUCUAG